CCUCCGGUCCGUUCCUAUCAACGUUGGCAGUCGGAAUUUGGAGGGACUUUGGACCAACAGGAUUGGCAGACCAUGACCCAAGCAGAAUCUAAAUGUUCUAGGAAUGUCAUCAUUCUUGAAAAUGCUUAUAAAAGUCUUUAUCGAUGGUAUUAUACACCUGCUCGCCUAGCUAGUUUUAUUCCUACAUACUCUCCGGCCUGUUUUCGGGGGGUGCCAACAAGUGGGUACUAUGGUUCAAAUCUGGUGGACUUGCCCUAAGGUUAGCAGAUUGUGGAUUAGGGUUUAUGCCCUUCU